GUGAGUGUGUGUCUGUGUGCGUGUGAGUGUGAGUGUGCGAGUCUCCGGAGCUGCAGCAGCAGAUAAACCUGGCGGACGACGCCUCAGCCGCCGCCGCAGCCCCGUGGAUGAGCCUCCUCCUCGGCUAUGCUGCCCUGAGAGCCCCGCGAGAACCCCCGCCCCCGCCAACAUGUCUGAUGUCAACAAGACGGUGCAGAAGUGGCUCUGCAGCUUCAAGAAAGCCACGGACUUUGACUCGUGGGGACAGCUGGUGGAGGCGAUAGAUGAGUAUCACAUUCUGGCGAGGCAGCUGCAGAAAGAGGUCCAGUCGACAGGCCCCUCCGACUUCACCGAGGAUCAGAAGAAAACGUUAGGAAAGAUUUCAACAUGCUUGGAAAUGAGAAGCGCCAGUUUGCAGUGCACACAGUCCAAAGAUGACUUCACGUUAGAAGACCUGAAGAAACUGGAAACCAUCAUUAAAAAUCUACUGACGUACAACAAAGAGUUUCCUUUUGAUGUCCAGCCGGUGCCCUUAAAGAAGAUCCUGGCCCCAGGUGAAGAGGAGAACCUGGAGCUGGAGGAGGAGGAGGAUGCAGCGGCAGGAGCAGGGUCGACGGAGGCCUUCCCCCCCCGAGCCCCUGGUACCUUGUUGCCACGGUUACCUUCAGAGCCGGGGAUGUCCCUUCUAACGAUAACGAUUGAGAAGAUCGGGCUGAAGGACGCCGGGCAGUGCAUCGAUCCCUACAUGACCAUUAGUGUUAAAGAUUCAAAUGGUUUGGACCUGAACCCAGUGCAGGACACACCCGUGGCCACCAGGAAGGAGGACACCUACAUUCAUUUCGGUGUGGACGUAGAGAUCCAGAGACACGUGGAGAAAUUAGCCAAAGGAGCUGCCAUCUUCUUUGAAUUCAAACACUACAAACCCAAAAAGCGAUUCACCAGCACAAAGUGUUUUGGCUUCAUGGAACUGGACGAGAUCAAACCGGGACCCAUCGUAAUUGAAUUGUACAAGAAACCCACCGACUUCAAGAGGAAGAAACUGCAGCUUCUGACAAAGAAACCACUUUAUCUCCAUCUUCUCCAGACUUUACACAAGGACAGCUAAGACGCCAUUCACACCUCAUCACGUCCAGCAAUACUAGAUCCAGGCCGCUGUCACUUCUUUCCCACCUCGGAGUAUUUCCAAGAAAGCAAAGGGAACUGAGCCAAACACUCGUCACAUCAGGUCAAGACUGACAUAUUAGUUAUUCAUUUUUUUAUAUUUUUUUUAUACAUCAGUGGUAUGUUCUAACGAUUAAACCAGCUCAUCUCUAGUCUUCCUUCGCUCUGAUUUUUGGGAAAUGAGAAACACAAUGGAAAAACCACUGCAGGUGCUUAGUUCGAUACUCGACAGACUCGUUGGACGUUGAACCUCGGACUGACGUCAAAUUCAGCAAAACAUUAAAAGCAACAAUUUUUUUCACUCAACUCUAAACCUGUUGGGGAAGCAGAGGCGGAGGUUUCAAAGUCAUUUGCUGAAUAAAUAAUAUGGAGUGACAGAGGUUGUUUGUUUGUUUGAGUGUGAGAAAAUUAUAAUCAAAGAAUUAAUUGGUGAAUGAAAAAAAGAUUUUAAACUAGUUAAUUAAAUUAGCACUUAAAUUGUGCAUUUAAGUGUAUUAACAUAAUUAAUUAUGAUUAAUCUUAUUUACUCCUGAUAAAAGCAUUAAAAAUAUAACUAUAACAUUUGUAAAUUACACUUUGUUGUUCUUAUUUCACAAAUCUUUCUAUAAAUGAUCCAUCACGUUUUUUUCCUCAAAAAUGACAUUUGAGGCUUUUUUUAAAUAUUUACCUGCAGUAACUGAUUUACUGACCUAUUGAAAUAUUACUACGUGUAAAGUUGAUGAUAAACUCAAAUGUGGAGCGGUGCUUCUGGUCACCUGAUGAAUGCAUGUACACUAUUUCCUCUCCUGUUAGCUCGGUUUUGGUCUCCACCAGCAUCCGAUGUUAACCAGCUACAAGUAAGUGGAGAGUUCAGUUGUAGGUUUGGGGGACGUUUGUCUACUACACCGUUUAGCAUUACAUGUUAUUAUUGGAUUAAUAGAUAAAAUGAUUGACUUGCAGGUUUACUUUAAAUUUAAGCUGUCAUAUAAAUAGGAAUGAAUGAAGUUUAAAACAAUAAAGUAUUAUUAGUGGCUCCAGA